GGGGUUUGUUGAAGGAAAUUAUUGUUGGGGGUGAGAAUGUAUUGAGUGUGUUAGCAUUUUUAAGGGUCUUGACUCUGUUCCUCCUCCUAUCUUGUGCAGAAAAUUGAGGAGAUGUCUUCAGAAGGGACCGUGAGUGUAGUGGGGAGUGAGGUGAUGCCCUUGGAUUGUGGGAGCAUGGAUGAGGAGAGCAGUCCAUCUCCUUCUGGUUCGGAGAGGACGGUGGAGGAGAGGAGGGAUCAAAGGGUAGUAGAGGAGGAUGAGGAUGAGAUCCCCUCAAACAUUUUGGAGGCCGGGAGUAGUGUAGAUGGGUGUUAUGACCCAGAUUUAGAAAUAGUGUCCGAGGUGAGGGGAUAUGUGAGUGAGCUGGGUAGCAGGGGUAGUCUUAGGGGCCUCGUGGGUAACUGCAACCUUCCUCACCAUGUCCUACUUAGACCUGCCGGGGUGAAUGAGAGGGCAUGCUUAGCACCCCGAGACCAUUGGAUGCCCAUAUACCUCCAUUAUUUAAUUACAGGGCUUAGGUUUCCCAUUCCAGAAUUACUGGUUGGGUUGUUAUUAGAUUAUAGCAUAGGACUAACCCAAUUAACCCCAAAUGCCAUAAGGGUAAUUAUAGGUUUUAUUGUAUACUGCCGAGUUCGGGGGGUUGGGGUCCCUACAGUAAACAUGUUCAAGCACUUUUUCAUAAUAAGGGUUGGGGGUAAGGGGGAGAAGGGGUGGUAUUACUUCGGUCCUCGGUCGUCCAGCAAAGAUAAUAGGAGUUUAUUCUCUGUUGGACCGUCAUCCAUCAAAGGAUGGAAAGAAAAAUUCUUCUUUGUGGAUGACACCGAGUGGAGUAGGAGGGAUGCCGAGGUGGAACGGUUGUCUGCUUGGAAAGCUAAGAAGACCAAGCAAAACAACUAUAAAUUAAAUGAGGAUGAGGUGGAGGAGGUAGAAAAGCUGGUGAGGGAGGAAGGAGACGUGGUGGAUAUCCUGUACAUCACCAGUCCGAAGGCAAUAGAGGCCGCUGAGCUCUAUGGGCCAAGCUCAUUGAGCGAAGCUGAGAUGGACGAGUUUAUAAAUGCUGCUGGGGGGCUGCGUAUCCCAAAGAAGCCAGGGAAGAAGUCAAAAGCUUUAACUGCGGCAGACAAAGGGAUGGCAGAGAAAGAGCGCUUGCCCAGCACUUCUGCUCGAGUGCUGGAGAUACAGCAGAGGCCAGAGCCUGCAAGGGGGAAUAGUGAGGAGUUCGUGCCUCGCCUUUCUGCUCCUGAAAUCGAUCAUGAAGUCAGGGAGAGGGAGGAGGUCGAGGUGCGAGGCCCUGGCAAGGGCAAGGAGCUCAUCCCUCCUCAUUUGAACCAGAAGAGUUUGUUUGAGGCGACAAACACGACUGGGGCAAAGCGCUUCCUCAACUCUACUCUUCUUGAGGUGGAUAGGAUGCGGGCGAGGAAUGAGGCGGUGAGCCAGCUAGGAGCUACUGUUGUGAGGCAUGCCCUGGAGAAGGAGAGGGAAGAGCUACAGAAGGAGAAGGAGGAGUGGGAGAAGGAGAAGAAGGAGAUGCAGAGGAGGCUGGAUGAAGUUCUCCCUUCAGUGACCGAGCUCCAGAAUGACAAUGAUGUCUUGAGUACGAAGCUUGUCCUUGAAGAACGUAAGAGGAAGAUCUGUGAGGAGAAGCUCAAAGCUCAAGACAAAUAUAUUGACAACAUGAAGAAAGGAGUGGCGGAGCUGAAGAAGAACGUGAAUCUACUGGUUCACAACGGAAUGGAGGAGCACAUCGACAACUUCCUCAACUCCAGCACCUUCGAGAACAUCCUCAAGCUGUACCGGCUACCAACCGCAAUUGUGGCCUUCACCAACUGUAGAAAGAAGGUGAAGGCCCAGUACCCAGAGGUGGACGUGACAACGGUCACCUUUGGGGAACAAGAAGAAGGGGUGAAGGAGGAUGGUGAGAGCCUUUCUGCUGACUUCCGACCUCUGAUCAAGCUGAGGUGGGAGCAUGACGCAGAGGGACGCACUAUCUUCCCUCCAGCCUUUGAUGCGGAGCUGGUGGCAAUGGAGGAAGAAGAAGAAGAAGGAGAAGCGCGAGGAGCUGAAGCUAAGGAUCAGGCAUACUUGCCCGAAGUGCAGCCUCCCGAGGUGCAUCCAGUCUCUUCUGAUGAAGUGCAGCAGCUGGGGCCUCCUGAAGCAGAAGUGCCGCCCCUGUCUGCUGGAGAUGGGCCACCUCCACCACCCCUUCUUGCUGAGGAGCAGCCUCCUCCCACAGCAGAUUAGCUUAGGAGUUUUUGCUUUAUUUUUGUAAAAAACAUUUUUGUAAUAGAUUGUUGGUUUAAGU